AUGGAGCUCAUCAACAAGGAUUCCUUUGAGCUUCACCGGUGGGAUUCCUCAAGAGAUGAGGGGGAUGUUGAAAUAGGGAUGCAUCAGCCCGACGUCUCUGAUAAUUUAAAAGGAUUCUUCAAGAAGGUUGAUGGAAUUGAGAGCCUAAUAGCUAACUUGAUGAGUCUCUUAACUAAGCUCCAGACUGCAAACGAGGAAUCAAAAGCAGUUACAAAAGCAAGCGCCAUGAAAGCAAUUAAGAAGAAAAUGGAGAAAGAUAUUGAUGAGGUGGUGAAAAUUGCUUGUAUGGCAAAAACAGAACAUGUUAUUCUUCUUUCCGAGCUGUAUCUGCAUCUGCAUAAACUAAAAGAUGGACAUGCUGCUUAUGGUUUGAUUCUUGAUUUGGAGCUGCUCAGUUUGCUCCCGAAUUCGAUUCUUGGUACUAGCAUAGCUUUCAUUCCUAUCUUGGAUUGUCGUGGUGUCCAUUUCUAUGAAAAUGAAGGUAGUCUGAAAGCCGCAGAGAUGCACAAGAUUACAACACUUGUUCUGCUUCUUGUUUGGCUCUGA